ACUGUAACAAGUACAUUUUAGGCACAUCCGGCGACGUAUGACGUCACCACCAAACGGCCCGACUGGAGCGUCUCUACGGAAGCCCAGACAGGCCUAAAAGCGUUAACCCCUCCGAGCUCAGAGGUCUGUAUUUAUUCAUCAGCUGAGAGAGAAAAUAAACCGUGAACCGUGUUUUUUACAGCUCAGAUGAAAUAAAAGACACAGUUUGUAAAGCGGAUUAGAGCGCGUUCAGAGGAAUGGCGGGUCGGAGCAGAAGAGCCUGGUUCAGUGUUCUGUUGGGUCUGGUUGUCGGCUUCACCCUGGCUUCCAGACUCAUCUUACCCAAAGCCUCGGAGCUGAAACGAGCCGGACAGAAACGGAAAGCUAACCCCGCGGUGUGCGGACUGAACGGAGCUCCGAGGAAGGAGCACGGCGGGCCUUUGUGGGCUCCACAAGUCAACGGUUCCCCGGCCACCGAGAAGCCAGGCUCCGGCCGCAACAACUUCCUGUUCGUCGGUGUGAUGACGGCCCAGAAGUACCUGAAGAACCGAGCCGUGGCAGCACACAG